AGGGCCAUUCCCAAGAAAAAAUUACUGAAGAAUGAAGGCGGCGAUGCCGCUUAGAAGAAAGAAGGCGGCAAUGCUGAGUACUAGGAAGACUCUUCCCGAAGACUUGAUACUAGAAAUACUCUUGCGUUUGCCCGUCAAAUCUUUGGUCCGAUUCAGGUGCGUUUCUAAACGAUGGCUUUUUUUAAUUUCCGAUCCCCAUUUCGCUAAAUCGCACUUCGACCGAACAUCCGAGCACACCCAAAGACUCCUAUUAUCGACCCCUUUGAGAUUUGGGUCCCUAGAAACCGAUGCACCUUUGUGGGACCGUUCUGCUGUGAGAGAACUCUUUUUCCCGUUCAAGCAAGAGGGUCGUGCUUUUAAGAUUGUAGGUUCUUGCAAUGGUUUGGUUUGCGUCUCACUCUCUCAGAAUGAGGGUUUCUAUAUUUGGAAUCCAUCAACCGGAUCCCGCAGAAAGUUGCCUGACCCCCCUGAAACUCCACCCGAUCUUGAGAUACGUGCUCAUGGUUUCGGCUAUGAUUCAUCCACUGAAGACUAUAAGGUCGUUUUGGGCCUUUUCCCAUCAUCUGAAGGCAGGGUCUUCUCGUCGAAAAGAAACUCCUGGAAAACUAUUGAACAUUUCGUUUUUGACUUUAACGACUCAGCAGGGAUCUUUUGCAAUGGUACUCUGCAUUGGGAAGUCUUUCUGGAAGAUUAUACUGAGACAAUCGCUGCGUUUGAUUUAGCUGAGGAGGAGUUUUGGGAGGUGCCGAUGCCCCUACAGUAUGACGAUCACCACGAGGAGAUUAUUUUCUAUUCUUUGAUGAAUCUUGGAGGGCGUCUUUGUCUUACUUGUCGUUGGUGUUAUAGCUCUACCCAUUUUGAGAUAUGGGUAAUGCAGGAAUACGGAGUGCAGGAAUCAUGGGCGCCAAUGUUUGAAGUUCGGCAUUCCGAUCUAAUCAACUGCAGAUGUAGUCUAAUCCCGCUGUGCUUUCCCAGAGGUGAGAAGCUUGAGGCAAUAUACAUGGGAAAGGAGUUAAUAAGGACUGAUCAUGAUGGAGCGAUUCUUGAACGCUUUAUGUUGAGCAGUGACAAAGCUAGUUGUGAAGCAGCUGUUUUUUUUGAGAGUUUACUUUCACCUAACUAAUUAUGAUAGGCAUGAUGGGCACUCAAAUGCUGUUAUGUUUCUCCUUAAUUAAAUGAAAUGCAAAACUUUGAUGUCUCUAAACCUCAAAAUUCACUUGUACUGAAGAUUUUCGGGGAUAGAUAUUGUUCUUUUAUAUUGACCAAAAGCAUGAAUUUUUAUUGUUGUCUGUACAUAAUAGAGUAGCCACGAAUUGGUAAUCCAACUUCUGCUUUAGUG